UCUUGAUCCAGGUCCCUGGCAUGCUAGCCCUAGUUGCCUAUCAAUCGUGCUAUUUGAAUUUUAAUUUGGUGAAAUGUUUGUUUUUUAUUUUCUCUCAAUCUUGAAUUCAGUUGAGUUACUGAGUUAGGGGCCUAUCCCAUGAGCUCGAAAUACCUGCAUGGACGUUAGUAACUAGACCUAGUGUUAGUGUACUGAUGACCGUGCAAGUGAUGUACAGGGGUCCUGUUGGCUGUGAUUGAGAAGUGUGUUGCUGGUGCCAAGGUCAUUGAAAUCUGUGAAUAUGGAGACAAACUUCUUCUUGAGGAGACUGGCAAGGAAUUCAAAGCUAAAAAAGAUAUGAAAAAAGGCAUCGCCUUCCCUGUCUGUAUUUCCGUAAACAACUGCAUCUGCCAUUUCACACCUAUUCCGUCAGAGCCUGACAGUAACACCACACUAGCUGAUGGAGAUCUUGUCAAGAUUGACUUGGGUGCACACAUCGAUGGCUUCCCUGCCUUGGUUGCCCACACACUUGUGAUUGGAGCAACAAAGGAAAAUAAAGUGACAGGUCGUAAAGCAGAUGUCAUUGUCGCCGCACAUAAAGCUUCAGAGGCUGCACUUCGAUUAGUUAAACCUGGCAUUGAGAAUAUGACGGUAACUGAUACUAUCCAGAAAGUAGCCGAUGAAUUCGAAUGUAAACCAAUCGCCGGGAUGCUCUCCUAUCAACUUCAGCAGCACCGGAUCGAUGGCGAGAAAUCAAUUAUCCAAAAUCCAGAUGAGCUGCAGCGAAAGGAUCUGGAAAAAGUUGAAUUUGAGCAGCAUGAGGUUUAUGGUGUCGAUAUUCUAAUAAGUACUGGAGACGGAAAGGGUAAAGAUAUAGGCACUAGGACAACUGUUCACAAGAAAAAGGUAGAAGAGUCGUACAGUCUAAAAUUGAAAUCGGCUAGGCAUUUUUUUAGUGAAGCCACAAAGAAAUUUGGAGUUAUGCCUUUCACAAUAAGGGGUGCUGGCGACGAUGAGAAGAAGACAAAGAUGGGCUUGAAGGAAUGUGUAACCCAUGGUCUCUUUGAGGAAUUCAGGGUUCUGUGGGAAAAAGAAGGUGACUAUGUUGCGCAGUUCAAGUUUACUGUACUGCUCAUGCCUAAAGGGCCAAUGAAAAUCACAGGGGGACCAUUUGACCUGGAGCUUUAUGAAUCGGAGCAUAGUAUUAAAGAUCCUGAAUUAAAGACCCUGCUUGCUUCAUCUGCCAACCCCAAAAACGCCAAAAAGAAGAAGAAGAAGGCAGAAAAGGAGAUGACAUCUGGCAUGAGUACAGAAACCACCGCCUCAGCUGAGACAUAGAUCUUAUUGCGUAGUUUGAACACCGGGGGAAGAGAGGUUGAAAGGUUUGGAAGAAUUCGGUGAACGUCACCCUUGUGAUAGUUACGAGCCUGUGUGGAUUUUUCUCUGUGGUACUGUGGGUAGAAAGGCAAGGUAAAAUCAAAAUGGGACAUAUUGGAUAUGAACACUUCCUUGAUGUGCUAAUAAAUGACAGAUUCUGGAUUGGUAAUUGAAUGAACUGUUUGGGAGAGAACACUUUGCGGUAUGGCAUUGAGACGCCUCUUUUACCAGAACAAAAUGUGGUGGAGGUGGCAAAAUAUUUUCAAAGGCAAUGCUGUUUUAUCAAAGAGUAAUGUGUAGCUCGAUUGAUGAGUUUGGCCAGUUUGAACAGGAGCUUCCUCGGAAUUAAUUAAGCCAGAGAAGGUUUUAAUUAAUUGCAUACCAACUUGCAUUUGACACCAUGUAUGUGCUACUAUUCUUUAAAUAAAACCUGGUCGACUCUCAAUAUAGGAAAUGAGGAUGAGGUUGAAAAGUAUUUAGAGAUGUGUUUUUGUAUUAAGUAGAGAUACCUGAAUGAAUUUAUACCUGUGGUUAUGGAUGAAAUUAUUUCAUAAAUUGUGUUUUGUAUCUGCAUUGAACAGGAAGAUUUGUUUCGUUAUAAUGUUCUCGAGCCAUAACAGUUGACUUGUUGACAGUUUCUUCACCAUCAACCAUCUCACAACUCUUGGAAAAAUAUUUUUAGGAUGAAAGCUUUUGAGGUGUCUCUUGAUAUUUCCUUUGCCUUUUACUUGAAUUAGAGGAUUGCUUCAAAUACCAACAGAAUCCAAAAGAUGUUUCGUGCACAUUUGAAUAACAGAACUACAAAUACAAUGUAAUCACAAGAGUUAAUUUCAAAGUGAGCGAUCUCAAAAGAUGAUUCCCCAUGACUACAAAACUUUAAAAAAGACUUCUCAGUUGCAUUUCCCAGCAAAAAAUAUUGUUAUGGCCUUGGAACAUAAGGUAAUUGUGUCGUCUGUUAAGCUUGGGUAGGUUAUGGAAGAAGUUUCAAUCUGUAUGUGCUUCUGAGAAGAUUCUUUUGUACAGUGAGUCUCUUGGCAAUAAACUCAUGGGAAAAUAA